AUGUCGUCCUUCAAGCAAUCCGCACACAAGCUCUUGUUGAUCCCCGGCCCCGUCGAGUGCCACGAUGAUGGUCAGUCCUACCUACUUGCCUCGCUGGUGUCCACGGCAUCUCUACUCGGCUCGCCCUGGCUCGCCCCGGUUGAUCGACCCGGACCCGGCGAGCUGAGAGAGGGGCGGUCCCUUCCCACCUGCCUGAGAGAUGUUCGCGCUCGUCCAGCUGUACGGCACUGACCACACACUUGCACCCGCAGUGCUCUUGGCGAAUGCGCACCCUUCCAUGUCGCACGUCUCGCCCGCGUUCGCGCCCUCAUUCGCCUACUGCAUCAAGGCGCUUCGAAAGGUGCUGUACGCCCCGACGGCCCAGCCCUUCAUCAUUGCCGGCUCGGGAACGCUCGGAUGGUAAGAUGUGCAUCUGAGACCGCUAGAACCACGCACCGUCCUGCCGCGCCUUACACGAUCGCCGGAGGAACUGACCGUCCACUUGGUCCCGUUCGCUGACUGCGCUUACUCCGCGCUUGCCGUCCUCCGUUCUCGCGGUGGUGGGGCGACAGGGAUCUCGUCGCGGCCAACCUGAUCGAGGCCGGCCAGAACGCCCUCGUGCUCAACUCGGGCUACUUUGGCGACUCGUACGUUCAAGAGGAUCCCCCCCUUUCUGGAGCAAUGACUCACUCUUCCCUCGUUCAUGCGCAGAUUUGCCGACUGCCUCGAGACCUAUGGCGCCAAGGUAACACAGGUCAAGGCGCCCGUUGGAGGUCGCCCGUCGCUCGAGGACGUCGAGGCUGCGCUCAAGAAGGACAAGUACGCUCUCAUGACCUUCACCCACGUACGUUCGACGAAAGCAGCUAGCGAGGUCUGAUGUGGGGCCGCUCCGUAUCUCCGACUGAAAGCGUCUUCUCCGCGCUUCAUCUUACACAGGUCGAUACUUGUGCGUCAUGUCAAGACCUAUAGGUUUGUUCCCAAGAACCGACACUGACGCGAGAUCUGUUAUUUGCUUUGCACAGCGACGGGCGUGCUCUCCGAUGCCAAGGCGCUCGGUGAACUCGUCAAGCGAGUCUCGCCCGAGACGCUCGUCAUCCUCGACGGUGUCUGCGCCGUCGCCUCCGAAGAGAUCCACCAAGACGACUGGAACAUCGACGUCGUCGUCGGCGCAUCCCAAAAAGGUCUCUCGACUCCCCCAGGUGUCUCGAUCACGACCGUGUCAACCAAGGCGUUGAAAGUGCUCGAGAACCGCAAGACGCCCGUCGCGUCCUACUUUGCCAACUACAAGCGUUGGUUGCCCAUCAUGCAAUCGUACGAAAACCUCACCCCGGCUUACUUCGCGACGCCUCCCGUCAACCUCAUCUAUGCGCUCGAGGCGUCGUUGAAGCAAAUUACGGAAGGGUCGCCUUCCCUCGAGGAGAGGUUCCAGAUCCAUCGCGAGGCGUCCAAGAAGUUCAAGAAAGCCGCGGAGGAGCUGGGCUUCAAGCAGGUUGCGACCGAACCGGAGACAGCGGCGAAUGGGAUGACCGCCGUCUAUGUACCUGAAGGGAUUGCUCCCCCGGCUUUGGUUGGGGCGCUCGGUAGCCGGGGUAUCGUCAUUGCGGGUGGUUUGCACAAGGAUAUUAAGACCAAAGUGAGCAGGACAUCUAACGCAGGAAAGCUGAGGCGUACAGGCUGAUUGUGAUGUCGAUCAUCUGGUGCACAGUACGUUCGCUUCGGCCACAUGGGUGUUAGCGUCCACCCGUCUCGCAACGACGUCGACGUCAUGAUCAAGGGCCUGCAAGAUGCCGUCGCCGAGGUCAAGCAACAGAGCGCAUGA